UUUUACGCUUUUACCCGCGUAAUAAUAAUAAUAUAUAAGAGGGAGUUAAGUGUUAAUAAGUGUCAAUUCGAUGGACUGUGUAAGGAGAACGAAAACUACAGGGUGUUUUUAUCAAAGAUAGUGUUACGCAAAAGGAGGACCGUAUAGAACUUUCAAAAGUUCGCGCUAAGCGGCAAACGAUCGAACUAGGAUCCACAAAGAUGCAUCUACCGGAGGGACCUUUAGGGAUCGACAGCUUCAGCGCAAUUCGCGAAACUCUCGGCGCUUGUCACGGUGAACUCGUACAAACCGGAAGUCCAGCGAUACUAUGCAGCGCGUUACCAUCGCAUUGGAGGUCGAACAAGUCCCUUCCUGUGGCUUUCAAGGUCGUUGCACUCGACGAGGUCAACGACGGUACGCUGGUCACGAUCAGGGCAGGAAACGAUGAGAACUGUUGCGGCGAACUUAGGAACUGUACGGCGGUCAUGAAGAAUCAGGUUGCCAAGUUCAACGAUCUGAGAUUCGUCGGUCGCAGUGGCAGAGGUAAAUCCUUCUCACUGACGAUACAAAUCAGUACGGUGCCUUUUCAAAUUGCUACCUACAACAAGGCGAUCAAAGUAACCGUGGACGGACCAAGAGAGCCAAGAUCAAAAUCAAACUACCAAUAUGGACCUGGAUUUCAUGGACUUGGUUUACUCAAUCCGUGGUUGGACGCCGCCUAUUUGGGCCAUGCUUGGCACUUUUCUCAUCCAGCACUGGUUAAAGGAACACUUCCAAUACCACCAACGGAUCUAUUUCCACCGUCGUUCCCACCAACUACCGUACUACCCACAACUUAUCCCUUUGAUCACAUGAAAUAUCCAACGGAAUAUACGACGUUACAUGGGAAAACAAUGUCGACUAUUUCGACUACGACGACGACGACGGCCUCAACGAUACCUAACAGUCCAUCAAGAACACCACCGAGAAGUCCAAGCGAGUCCGAGAGCGAGGUAACAGCCGAGGAAGUUCGUAGCAGUGCCUUCGUCCCGAUUAGGCUGAACACCCUACCACCGCACCAACCCGUCACAACAAACCCAUCCUCAUCUUCUCCAGAAAGGAUCACGCUUAGAGCGAAACCGACAGAAGGUGUGAAAAAUGAAUUAAAAGCACCAACGACAUUAAUUUCUCAAAGAAUUUCACCAAAGAGAAUCUCAUCGCCGACCAAGAUAUCUUCGUCGACCUCAGUGAAACCCGUUUGGAGGCCUUACUAAAAUCCUUAGACGAGAGGGAAAGGGAGCAAGUGAGGAGGAGAAAAAAAUAUACAAACAAAGAGAGAAAAAGAUGGAGAGAAAGAGAGAGAAAGAGAGAGAGAGAGAGAGAAAGGAAAGGAAGAAAGGAAAAGAAAACUUCGAUCCUCCAAUCCCCCCACCCAACUGGAAGGCUAGUGAUACCACGUGAACUAUGUUAGGCGUCUCGAAAUAACCCUCUAAUACUUCGAUUCCUUCAUCUUCUAGUUUUAUCGUCAAUGAUUUUAUUGGUUGAAUUAAUAUACGAUGAUUGCCUUCGGUUUUACGAAGGGAAUAAUAAUACAGACCAAAACACGCGUGCUGCAGCCUCUCGUCUAUCGAAAGGAUACGCCUCGCUUCACCUAUAAUCGUUUAACGAACGAAUUAUCUUCACUAUCUAUAGCUGAUUAUUAAGAUUGUAAAUUAUCUAAGACGGAUAAUUCGAGAAAUUUGUAUAUACGUGUAGAUUUAGUUCGUGGACAAUAAUGCAGUGAUAGA